UCAAAUAUUUAGGGUACCGUUACGUUGUUUAGUUAUUUAAUUUCAAGGAAGGUGGUAACUGUUUGCAGAUGUGUAAGCCAUAAUGGCCGAAUCUGAAGCAUUUAAUGGAGACCAGAACGAUGCAUCUAUAAAGGCAAUGUCACUAAAUUCACCUGAAGUUCCAAUAAAUAAAGGAGACAACAUAAGUGAAAACGAUUCAGAUGGAGUGCCAAAAUUGAGAGUUCCUUUUCGUUCUGUGAACAGCAUACUGAAUCUUUCAAGGGAGGAGAAAAAUAAAAACGAAUCACGGAGAGUUUCUUUUCCAGAUGAUGACAAGAUUAUUAGUGGGUAUGGUGAACCAAGAAACCCAUGGGCCCAAGCUAAAACAACAUCAACAGAGGAUCUCAUCCAAGCAUACACUCAAGCAUGCCAACAAUGGGGUGUAAAACCAAUCACAAAGCUAUUAAUGCAGUUGCAAGAAAUUACAGAUUUCUCAAUACGAGCUCAUUCUCUAACAUUAAAAGGUGAAAAACUUGAUUCGAAAGUUGUUGAAACAUUGGAGUCGGUGUUCAAAAGAGUUCAGUUUGUUAUCAUGGAUUUGGAAGCCACUAAUCUUGAUGAUGAUUCUGCCGCAUCGUUGUUUGACAUGAUCGAAUAUUAUGAAUCUGCUGUCAAUGUUCUUAUUGGGUUCAACAGGAACCUUGGUACAAAUGGAUGGCAGGCAGCAGCUCAUAUGAUGAGAAAGAUGUCAUGUUUGCGAUUAUUUGACGCACACAGCGUUCCGCUCACUGAUCAGGCCGUACCUUUCGUGGGACGUGCGCUACGUCUUAGCAAUACUUUGGUGACUUUGCAUCUGGAGAAUGCUUCACUUAGCGGAAGGCCCAUGUUGCUCAUAUUCGCUGCUUUAAGAAUGAAUGUAACUCUGAGGGAAUUAUUCCUUGCUGAUAAUCGACUGCUUUCCACCGAUGCUUUACAAAUCGCAAACCUUCUUAAAUUUAACUUCGUUCUUCAACUGCUUGACAUUCGAAACAACUUGAUACAGGAUGUUGGGUUAAGCCACUUAUGUUCGGGCAUCAUGACCCAACCACAGAAUGGAGCAUGUGGAUUGCAAACCUUGGUUUUGUGGAAUAACCAGAUAUCGCAUCAGAGCAUGUCAAAACUAGCAACAGCUUUGAGGUAUACCAACAACCUGUCAACAUUAAACUUGGGCCAAAAUGUUCUUGGUGAUGAUGGAGCUGCAAAACUCAAGGAUGGUUUGCUACAAAACCACUCACUGCUAAGACUGGGAAUGGUGGGAACUAAAGUAACAUGCGAAGGUGCCAUUGCCCUUGCUGAAUUUCUUGCUGAGUCACCCCGCAUCAUACGACUCGACUUACGCAACAACAACAUUAAAGUUGGAGGGUUGAUGGCGUUGAGUCUCGCGUUUAAAAUCAACUUUUCGCUUCUAAGGCUUGACAUUGACAAACCUAAUGCUAAAGACACCUUAAAGGAAUUGGCAGAGAAACAAGAAUGUUUGAUAUCUGAUAUUUCUCAUUAUGCUGCAAGGAACAAGGAGUCAGCUCUUAGAAGAGUUUAUCUCAUCCAGCAGGAGAGGAUGAGAACUGAGGAAGAAAAAACAUCCGGACUCAGAUACAUGGACAUGACCAACUCUGGGGUUCAAAUCUCAUCAACUCCUAUCCAUCUUUCACACAACAGCAACAACAACACGCUACAACAACAACAACAACAACAACAACAACAUUCAACAAACACGGAAGGAGACCAACCUCAAAAACAAAUAACCAACAACCCCCAACAGAACAUGUUGAAUAAUGUUGUUCCGCAACAACAACUGCUUCAAGAUGUUGAUGACAGCCCAAUAAAUUCCCCAGAGUUGCUUCCUUCUAACAGUGUAUCAUACCACCAGGUCGCCCCUGUAAUGUUCAGCAGCAGUGAGAUGGAGAAAAGAGCUCUAGCACAGAACUCCAAACCAUCCAAUGACGUCACCCAUGACGUCACACAUGACGUCAUAGAUGACGUUUUUACUCCCGGCCCCAAAUCCAACACUACUUCCGAAACCGUCGUUAAUGACGUCACGGUGGACUUAAAAGCAGAAACCAAGUCUUUAAAAAACACUGAUACACCGGACCAAUCAGAAUUAAGAUCCACCGCCACGCCUACACUAGGAGACCAAUCAGAGGACAGCAUAGACACCGAUAUUCGGAAAUUGGUUUCGGAAAUUCUUAGUGUUGUGACAGAAGAAUUGGAUGAAAAAGACAUCCAUACGGUUCAACAGUCAAGUGAAAAAGAUUCUUUUUGUUAUGAGGUGGACAAUGACGCCAUUGAACGUAGUGGUGUCAUUGAAAGUGGUGACCUCGUUAAAAGUAGUGACAUCAUUGAAGAUUAUGACUUCACGGAGACGAAAGAACUUGAACUAGAAAAUGAAAAUAAUCACAAAGUAUUAAACAUCGCCUGUGAUGAGGGUUUACCCGAUGACGUAAUCAGUGACGUCACAAAAGAAAAUGACGUCACGCAAGAAGACGAUCCCAGCAUCACAGUAAGUCAUUAUGAUCUAAGUUUGUUUCCACGAUGAACAUACAAUCUUCAAUAUUGUACAAGAGGUCAUAGAAUGAAAUCUCCUCCAGGCUACCUCACUUCCAACUCAGUAGAAAGCUGCAGUUAUAAUUCAAAGCACAAUCUGCAUACGAUGGCACUUAAGUACAACAUUAGCUGCCACACCUUUACCCUGACAAUUAAUUUCUCGACUCUGUUUUUCUUCUCAUCCUUGUUUAUAGUAAGGGUCAUUUCCAAUCUUAUCAGUUAUUUUGUAACGCCAUGAUCUACACGUGAUUUAAACACGUCUAUUUUUUCCAUCUUCGUACUUCUCUAUUAAUUUAAAGCAGUACUACUAUGUUUGUGAUAGCCUACUGUGUAUAAAUGGCACCCAGAAAAUUCGAGCGGCUCUCGUUUCUCACAUGUCGCGUAGAAAGAAAGCAACACGACAGGUGCUUCUUGAUCGUCGUGGAAUAAUUGUUGUUUAUUCUAGAUUUGGUGCAAUUGUUUUCCGCAGUAUAUUUUGUCGUAAUAAACGAACACAAUCCCAGUC